AUUGCAUGUGACCUUUGAGUCCAGCGGCUCUAAGGGGUGGUAAAGUUUGUCGGAGCCGGCUGAACACACAUCGGUGCUUCAAAAAACUGUGCUUCGGUUAAUAGAUUGUGGUUAUAUAUCGUCUGGCUUAUGGAUUUAUACUGACGCAGAGUUGUGCGAGUAUGCCUGUAAAGGAGCUGAGAGCUCGCUUGAGCGCGGAGGAAAUCUUUGCACAGGUGGGACAGGUGAGCGGAAUUCAUCGUCAUGGCACAGAUGAUUAAAAGUGAUUAACAAGAUUAACAAGUCUUGCUGGACAACUUAAACUGUUUGGAAUUGUAAUUAAAUUAGGCUGAUAGUUUAGAACUGGACUUAAAAAAGAGGAACAAUAGAGAGCUUUAAUGAGGAACUUCCCAAAGGCUGUCCGCUUGAACAGAAAACACACAGAAUGAGGGGAUUUUGAAGUGGACAGUUUCUGGACAUGUAAACUUCUUCAGCUUAUAUAUAAACAAAGGGAAACGAGUCCGGUAAUGUAAACAUGUGUGACCGCGCGCGCAGCUGCGAGAUGUCAGAAAGCAGCGCCAUCAAACCCGAAACUCCCCUGAGUGCUCAGAUGGAGGAAUCCGAAGCGCUAGUGCACGGACAAGAACCUGAAACUAAAACCCAAACGAAGAAGUCGAACGAGGCUGAUUCUGGUUUUACAGCGGAACCGAGCCUGGAGGAGCGCGCGCCCAAAGUUGUCGCGCGUGCGGGGUCGCUCCCAGUCAGCGCAGCCACGCGCAGGUCCAGAUUUCAGAGACAGCUGGAAGCUUCUGAAUCAAAAGCAUCAGUCGAUGUUCAAGAGAAAGGAUCUAUCACGCCUGCCAUGCGCAAAAAAUACCUGAAGGAUUUAUUUUUGAACUAUAAUUCGCAUAGUGGCCUGGCAACGCUCUUAUCCCUCAAAAGCGCGAGCGGAUCGUCGAGUGCCUGCGUGGAUGAGCCGUCGCAGGGUGCGGACGAGAGCAAUGCAUUCUGGGUACUGGACCCCACGGAACACGCAUGGAUGCUAUCGGUUGUGGAUGGAAAUUAUGACACUAUGACAGAGUUUCUCACGGAGGACCCCAGUUUACUGACCAAGAAGGACUUUGUAAGCGGUUACACAGCACUCCAUUGGUUAGCCAAGAAAGGCAAACACGAGACGCUAUUAAAGCUCCUAAAAGAUGCAGAAAGAAAAGGGUACCGUGUAAACGUGAACUUAAAGGGGAGUGGAGGUCUUACACCUCUUCACGUUGCAGUUAUGCAUAGUCAGUAUAUGGUCAUCAAAAUCCUAGUCGGUGCAUUUAGUGCCAACGUAGAUGCCAUGGACUACAAUGGAAAAAGGGCAUGGCAAUAUCUCAAAGAAAAUGCACCAACAGAGAUGAAGGAGCUCCUUGGUGCAUGGGAUGAAGAACACAGAACCUGGCAACUAAAUGCUAAUAACAAUAAUGCAAGUUGCACUGAACAAGCUCCUGCAGGCGACUGCCAAAAGGGGACAAACAGCAUAAACACUGUCACUAGCAGUGGACUAUGGCGCUUUGGUUCAUUUAGAAAGUUUCUUGCUCCAUUUUUCUCUGGAGGUAAAAACUAAGGAACAUUAAAAACAGGUUAAUUUGUAUUCAAGAUAUUACUGGAAAUAUAUAUAUAAACAUCCUGCCAGUGUGCUUGUAUUCAUAUAUUCAAGCAUAUGCUUACAUUCAACGAAUUAUUUUAUGCUUCUGUAUACAGGCAGGUAAAUAAAAGAAAUAU